CACAUAAGUAACGGUUCCCAGGUGUGCGUGCAGACCAAGUGCAGUCUGCGGACUCUUGGUGCCGCGUUUUCUCCCUGCCACCACCUCUGCCUCGCAUCAACACUGCCCACGCUUGACGCUGUCCUUACUGCCGCUUGCGAGGUGCCAGACGCCACGAAGAUCGCGUGAGAGGCCUACUGAAUUCAGCGCAUGUUCUUCACGUGUAUGGGGCCAAUUUGAAGACUUGGACACCGGCAAAGGAGGUCAGCGAGCAACUUUGGCAGACAAGUACAGAGCGUCUAGGAUCUACAGCGGCGGAAUAGCGAGCAGGGCGGAUCCGAUGGACUUUUCCGAGACGGAAGCAAAGCAGGCGACUCCCACUUUCACUACGGAGAUGAGCGUCGCUUCUGACCAGCCCGACGUUUUCGAGAAAGCGUCUGUCUGCGAGCCUCGCUCGCGCCGCAUGGGCAUAUCAGGCCCUCCGUCGAGCUACAGACUCUCUACCAGCACCACAGGCACUUCAGAAAGCGCACCGUGGACAACGCCUCCCUCGUCUCCCCUCCUAACCUCUUCUUCUCCACCUAGACCUCCCCGGUCUCCUCUGCGUCCCACAGGCCCAGAGCAGCGCGUUUCUUCGUUGCUUCAACCUGACAUAGCAGACAUCGACGACGUCAUGCCUUUGUCGCAUUCGCGCAGCCUCGGUUCCCUCUCCGGUAUGUUAAACUCGCAGCCAGCGAGCCUAAGGUCUGGUCUCUCUGGACGUUCUCAGACACCAGACAAGCCUCUGCCCAUAACUCCCGAUCCAUCAACGUCCUCAGCCACCCUUGACGAUGAUCACGAUCGCGUCCACGAACCCACACCGGAACCUAACGAUUCCGUGUUCGCGUCUGACUCCGGCUCGUCCUCGCUUCUCAAACCACCGACGGCGGUGACGAAACGCGUCCGUGCACUCGAGGAGUUGCUGUCGAGCGAGAGAGCGUACGCGUCUGACCUUGCGAUCAUUCGGGACAUACACAUCCCUCUUGCGUCAGGGCAACCUGCGCCUUUCCCUGCGGCUCCCGCGACCCCACCGUCCUCGGGGUCAUCGGUACGCACCCAAUCGACAUCGUCGGAUUCCUUACCGGGUGCGUCCAGCUCGACAUCCUCGCCACCAAUGACCCGGGACGAUAUCCGGAUUAUCUUUAACAACGUUGCGGAACUGGCCGUAUUCUCGGACUCGUUCACGGAGCAGAUCGAAGAAGCACUAGGAUCCGUGCUCGAGGGAGGGUCAGGCGAGGACCACGUCGGGGCGCUGUUCUUGGAAACGAUUUCUACCAUGGAACCGCUUUACCUCGCGUAUAUCACAAAGCAUCCCAUUGCCUUGGAGCACCUGAAUGGCCUGCCGCAGACUCCGGCGCUCACGGCCUACCUCGCGGAGUCACGCACGCUCGCGUCGAGGCUCACCCACGCCUGGGACCUGCCCUCGCUUCUCAUUAAGCCCGUGCAACGUUUGCUCAAGUAUCCACUUCUGCUGGGUGCGAUCAUUGAGGAGACGCCCGAUGUGCACUCAGACAAGGCAAACCUCAAACGUGCCCGGGAGAAGAUGGAGGAGGUUGCACGCGGCGUGAACGAGGGCAGGAGGCGGCGGGAGGUGAUCAAGGAGGUGCUCAACAACGCCGCCUCAUCCGGGACGCCGAGCAAGCGGCACAGCGACCCGAAGCCCAAGCCGAAGAAGAAGGGUCUUAAUAUUGGCGUGUCGGCCUCCGUGAGCCUCGGGCGGAUGAAGAGCUUCAGUAUGAAGCCAGGAAAGGCGAAGGAGGGCGCCGAGGCGAACCAGGAGGCUGAGCAGGUCGUGCGGCUAGGUGAAAAGGUGAGGAAGUGCGAAGCCUUCGCCAGGACGUUCGCGAAGGAGACAGUUGAGUGGUGCAAGACGGUGCAGGGUCUGAUGGACCAGCUAUCGAGAUGGUCCACGAGCUUCGGGCAGGUGAUCGGCGUAUCGCAGCCUGAGGAGUCGGAGGCUUUCGCUGCCUUCAUUCAGGUCAGCACGAAGGAGCUGCCGGCGCUGUGCGAGGACUUCACCAACGUCGUCAAGGAGAAGCUCUUGCCAGAACUAUCCAGGCUCGUGGAUUCGAGCCUUGCGCCGCAGCGCCUAGUAGAGGCGAUGUCCACCCUAGAGCCACUGCAUCUAGGUCUGCUCAACCUGAACGUCGCCAAGUCACGUCCUCCGCCCCAACUCCUGGAGGCAUCACAGUCUUACGUCGCGCUCCGUGCCCAGCUCGCAUCCGAGCUGCCUGCGUAUCUGACGCUACUAGACAAGGGGCUGGUGGCCUGCUUCAAGCAGUUCAACACCUGGCAGAUGGACUUCUACCUGCGGGUACGCGAUCGGUGGCUAACCCUGUGGAACUCUCUCAAAGUGGAGGGCGAGAUGAACGCUGGUGCUGCCGAGACCGUCAGGGUCUGGUGGUCUCGGUGGGCGGACAUCGAGGGCCAGACACUUGGUCUGAACAUUGUACGGCAACCCGAGAAACGCGUGCAGGCACCAGAAUUAACGCGGCAGAAAUCGCGGCUCCGCAUGAAAUUCUUCGAUGACGACUCUAGCGAAACAAGCUCUACCGUCGUCGUGUCGUCCUCUAUCCUCACUCUCGACCCUAACUUCGCGUAUGAGCCUCUCAGCUCGCCGUCUACGUUGUCACUGCAGACACCCGUCAGCGCCAAGGCCCGGAGUGUGCGCUCCCUGGACGUUGGGCGCAAGCUCGAGCGCCACAACUCAGAUGAGAGCCUCCGGUCGAAAAAGUCGGGCAAGUCAGCGAAGUCGAUGGGCCACCAGCCGAGCCACAGCGUUACUGUCGUUGACCCCGACGUCAUCGGGUAUGGGUACGGCGACGCGUUGAAUUCCUUGAACACGACGCCACAGAAGCUUCGGACGAAGAACAGGCCUGUUCCGGCUCCGCUUCCGCUGAAGAAGUCACACUCCCAUGGACGUCUGUUGGAUGAGGCCGCUGAUACACGUCGGAAGAGUCCUCUUCGCAGACGACACGGAUGCCGGGGUCGGCCUGUGCGAAAGCCAUCCUUCAAGCGGAGGCUGACGGAAACACUCCUACCUAGCUCUACUUCUGUCGUACGACACCAUCGGUCGCCCUCCGCGCCUGGCCAUCCGUCUCCAUCAUUCCUGCAGACUACCACACCACCCCACAGCACCCCCUCUUCCAGUCGGCACCGAAGCAAGGGACCAAGCGUUGGCAGUGCAAGGAUACCGUGCCUGUAUACUUGUCGGGUCGUGCACCCGUGUGAGCCGCCGCCGGGUGUCUCAUACCGCGACCUUCCUUUCUUUACGCUCCACAUUGGAGAUUGUUACGACGUGCUCCAAGAGGCCGGCCAUCCAGCCCUCCAUGAAGACCUUCCUUUGUAUGUUGACGAUGGUGAGGACUGUUUGCUACUCGUACGAAAACGUACGGAGGACAUUGGUUGGGCGUUGGCCAGCUUCAUGCUACCGGCGGAUUAAGGGAUGCUCUAUUUAAUAAUCAUCAGGAUUAGGACUAUGGUCGCAGCUGUAGUAGCACAUGUGUUCUUGUAUAUCCUCGACAUUGUCCCGCCUGCCUCAUUGUGUAUACCUUGUAGAACUCUCAUUGGUAGUUGGUGUCUUGCUCAUCUGGGUUUUCCUAGUACACACUACAGUCUUGUAAAACAACACGCUCGCUACAAUAGAUACAAUAUAGUUGUCUCGUAUUGCCGUGACAGAUCGUCGAUAGGUCGUUGUCUAUCAGCAUUUCCCAAUGAUACCUUCGCGUUGGAGACGAGUCAACUCCUCCUCGCCCAGCCCCAGUUCACCAAUGAGGACCUCUCUGUUGUGCUGACCCAAGUCGGGACCGGCCCAGCGUGUUUUGGCCUCGCAGCCCUCCAGCACCGGAGUCACCCUCGGCAUCUUGACGGUCCACCCCUUCUCCCCAUCCUUG